ACACCACCCGCCAUGUUAUCAUUUGUGCUAUGGAUUCUUGUAUUCGUUACAUAUAUCUUGUGGGUGCAAGCAAGUAAUAACAAUGGACGUAUUAUUGGCGGUGAAGAGUCUAAAAUUGAAGAUUUUCCUUACAUGGCCGGAUUUUAUUACCUCAAAGACCAAACCAGGCAUUUUUGUGGAGGUUCAUUGUUGAAUGAUAAGUGGAUUUUAACAGCUGCUCAUUGCAUUCAGAGUACCAAAGUCUUGAAAAGUCUAGGAAGGAAUAAAUUGAAAUCAACCAACUUCCUACGUAUGACGUCUUGUGUAUAUGUGCCACACCCUGAUUACAAUCCACGAGACUUAGCAAACGAUAUAGGUCUCAUUUUAUUAGAGGUACCUGUACACUUCUAUGAUCAGAUUCAGCCGAUUAAACUAUCAACUCGAACUCUUCUUACUCCAGAAAAUGUAACCGCCCUAGGAUGGGGUGCGACAAGCCAUGGUGCCUCUCCACCUGUAAUGAAGUUGUCCCAUGUAUCUCUAACCACAAUAACCAAUAGCAUGUGUCGCAGUAUUUACAACUGUUCAGAUAUCAGUGAUAAUAUGGUCUGCGCUGUUGGUAUUGAAAACGAAGGAAUAUGUCGCGCCGAUGCUGGUGGACCACUAGUACAAGUCGAUGCUAAUGGGAAAAGUGUUCAAGUUGGGGUGAUUAUCUUUCACUCCGCAACAGGUUGUGAAGAUAACUAUCCUUCAGGAUUUAUAAGAUCUGCAGAUUACAUUGGGUGGAUCAAUGAGGUAAUACAUGAAACUAUAGUAAGUACAACACAAGAGACGACGACACCAUUAGAGCCCACACAACCAGGAGAUUUACCAUAAUGUUCCCAACAAUGAUUUUAGUGUCACUGAUUCCGCUCAUUUAACCCUCAACAAUACACAUAGAACACCAAGUUACGAGCGUAUAAGUCAUAACUUACGUAACCCAAUAUAAUUUUUUUAUUCUGUACAAUUUAUAAUCUUCAUUUAGACAUGUAUUAAACUUGCUAACUUUGUCAUGAAA